AUGGCUCAUGAGGUUGUGCCAGACAUUGCAUUGGAGCACAAGGUUGAUGGUGAUCUAAUGCUUAGUGACAUGGGUCAGGUAUCAGGUUACUGUCCUAUCACACUCUUAAUUGGGAUAAAAUUUAAAGAUGUUUAUGAGAAGAUUAAAAAGGACAGCCCAGAAGCUUGGACCGAUCUUUUCUCACAUCUCAACACUUGGUCUUCUUGCCAUCUCGAUAAUACUUGCUAUCCUUGUCUGUUACUUGCUACUAAUGUUCUUUAUUUUCUCAGGCAGUGGCUAUGCAAUGCUGACAAAUUUUCUCAUGAAUCGCUGUUAAGGUUGAAGGCAUCCUUUGGUUCCUUGUAUGGAUGUUUGGGAAGGGGCGCAAGAGCAGUACUUCAAGUCUAUCCUGAAAAUAUUGCUCCGCGGGAGUUGAUACUGGGUUUUGACAUGCGAGCUGGUUUUUCUGGAGGCAUAGUUGUUGACUACCCCCACAGAAAAUGCAAGCAAGCAACCUCAGUGAUAUUGUUUGCAGCAUGCGCGAAUAUCACCAACUGUAAGUCGCACCCUCGCUGCUUGGAAUUGGCAUCUGUCUCUGAACCGUAUGUGGGAUGAGUUCUUGCCUCAUACAGCUUGAAUGGUAUAUCAGUAUAUGUCCGGUGCACUAAAGUUUUCACUAUGCGUAGGGUUCGGAGAAGGAUCCCACAACAAGGGUCUAUAGUACGCAGUCUUAUCUUGCAUUUUUGUCAGAUGCAAUUUUCAAGUUUUAACCUGUUAACUCAUGGUUACAUGACAUCAAUUUUAUCAGCUACCUAAAAAAAACUGUUGAAAUAACCUCUUUCUUUUGGUUAGUUUGUAGUAAAGUUCGAACUCAUUUCUUGUAAAAUUUAUGCUGGUUCUUUGAAUAUAAAAAUUUGUUUUGGUCCUCCCAAGUCCCAAGAAAUAAAAAUUAUAUUGGUCUUAUCA